UCUGAGGAGAGAGAGAGAGAGAAAAAAAAUAUAUAUAUGGAGGGGAAAACCCCCAAAUCAUCAACUACAAUUACUAUUCCUACUACUCAUUAUACUCCUUCCCCUCCAACAACAAUAGCAUCAUCAUCAGCUUCCGCCAAAACCGUUACUAAUCCUUCUUCUUCUUCACCAAAAAUCAUCAGAGAAGACGGCGAACUCUUUGCUUCCGAAAACGACGAGUUAGCGGGACCACGACUCCCUAAUAGCACAAUUCUUCCGGCAGCUCCAUCAAACAAGGAUGUUAAGGCUGCUGAGACAGGGAUAUCUGCUCUGACUAACAAUUCUACACGCAUUUCUGCGGACUCAAAAACUUCAGUGCAAUUGAACAAUCGUAAAGGUACAGAGAAGAAUCGAGUGCCUUUUGUGAUUAGUUUCUCGGAUGAUGACAGUGGCAGUGAGUCCGAAGAAUAUGUCCGAGGAAACAAAAUAGAGUCUGUUGAGAUGACAAGAGGAGUCACGGACAACAGAAAAUCCUCCACUUCAAUGGGGAACUCACAAAUGUGGCAACAAGCUGCCAAAACUAACAAGCAAAUACCCAAAAAGCGAUCUAUGACUCGUAUAUUUGCCCCAUCAACCAACAGAGUUAAUGCAACCUUAUCGAAUAAUGGUGGAAGCUCCUCUGUUGGGGCAAAAACUCAUCUUAAAAAAUCUAAUCCGCCGAGCAAGAAUAAACUUGGGCCAAACGUUCAUGUGAACAGCAAUAAAGUCCAAGACCUAAGACAAUUAAUCGCAAUUCGUGAAAAUGAGUUAAAAAGUAGAAGUGACAAACCUGAUAAGGAGGCAGUUCCAAGCUCGUUAAAGAACAGUACAAAUAUGAAAGCUAAGAAUGUUGCUGUUAGGACCAGAGAUUCUGCUGAACGUGUAUUUACUGAACCAAAGGAACCUGAGCAUAAACGUCUAAAACUUAGUGAGCCUCCUACAAAUGCCCCAACUUCUGCUGGCCAACAUGACAAGCCUCCUUCAGAGUCUACAGGAGCCGGAACUUCUGCACUGGAUAUUGAUGGCUUGAAUGGUAGAUAUGAUGGCAGUUAUUGUGACAAAGAAAUUCUAGGUGGGACACGACAGACCAGUUCAUUGCAGCAGACAAAGGAAGUGAAAAAUUAUAACACCCCUUCAAUGAAUCCACCAUCAGGUGCCAACAUAAUCCGGAAUAACAGUUGGCAUAACAAUAAUCUCGUUGGGUCUUCUGCACAAUUAACUGCUAUAACUUCUCCACCUAGACAGGGACCUCUCAAUAAUUCAAGUAUUUGGAAUCAUUUGGGUACUACAAAGAUGUUGGGAACUGGUGAGAUGGAUAUGAAAUCACUUCUCGAAAUAGAAGAGUUGCAAGACAAAGAGCUCGAUGAGGCACAAGAGCAUAGGCGCAGAUGUGAAAUUGAAGAAAGAAAUGCUUUAAAAGCUUAUCGUAAGGCUCAACGGGCUUUAGCUGAGGCUAACGCUAGAUGUACUUAUCUUUUCCAUAAAAGAGACUCUUUUUCAGCUAAUCUGCGGUCACAUGUAAUGGAUGACUCAAGUAUGUACUGGCCAAAUAUGCCGCAUCUGCAUACUAGAGCUAAUGUGAAUUCCAUAACUAACAUGGUGGAAAAUCAUCUACCACAAAUGCAAAAUGAAUUUCAUCAGAAUGUUAGGCCAACUGAUGAUCUACAUGAAGAUGGAAAAAAUCUGGUUUCUGAAUCAUGUGGUGAUCCUGAUAUAAGUGAAUUGGAGCCUCACGAGGAAGAGAAAACAAAUGAUGUAUCUUCUUCACUUCAUGAGAAUAAUAAUACUUUAGCUGAGGAUGAACGGGCAUCUGUUUUUGCGCUUAAAGUUGGUGAUACUAGUCAUUGGGAAGGAUCAUGUAGCGGAAUGACUGAAGUUCAUAAUGACUCGAUGAUGGCACCCAACCCUAAUGAGGACUCAUUGCUUCUUGAAGCAACAUUGAGGUCUCAACUGUUUGCAAGGUUAGGAGCUAGAUCUUCCAAGAAAAAUGAUUUGGGCCAGAGCAUUGAACCUACCGUUGAUGAUUUAGAGGAUGGGGAAAUCAUGGAAGAUUCUGGAAACACACCAUUUUCUGAAACCGAGAGGGACCAACUUUAUGAUAUUGGAGAUAUUGGGAGGUCAGAUAAGAGUUUAUCUGAAUACUCCAUGGGCACCAAGGAACCGAGUGAUUUGAAGGAGCAUCCUAUCAAUUAUGGAUCUUCUCUGGCUGAGCCAAUUUUGCGUAGUGGUUUUGGUCAUGUGAAGUUUGCAGACAUUAUGAGAUUCAUGCCAUCAGAAACUGGUGAUGUUUAUGCUGAUAAGAGAGUUGUUGAUGGUGUAUGUGGGGUGCAGCCAACUGAUUUAGUUUCCGGUUCAAAAGCAUUUUCUUUAUUGGACAUGCAUGUAACUGAAGUUGGUUCUUACUCCUGCAAUUUAGCAAUCAACCCUUUUUGGCCUCUUUGCAUGUUUGAAUUAAGAGGCAAAUGCAACGAUGAUGAGUGUGAUAUGCAACACAUCAGAGACUAUUCAUCCAAAAGCAUUGAUUGUAACAGAAAUGAUAAUAGAAUUACUCGGUACCUUGGUUCGCUUACAUUGGCUCCACCUACUUAUGUGGUGUGCCUAGACAGUCUGAAAGAUGCAUCACAUCCGUAUAAGUACUUUGUAGCUCAAACUGUUGAACAACGCUGGCAAAAGUAUUAUAGUGCUUUUUUGGUUGGGUCAAGUUCACUCCUCGCAGAUCUGAACUCAGAUGAGCCAUGUCUACAUGGUCCUGAAACACGCAUUGAGGUCCAUGGGGUUUGGAACAGACAAUCAUCAUACUUCCAUGGUAAACAUGGCAAAGAGAGCCUCUCGGAUCAGCAUAUGGAUGAUACUUAUCAGCCCCUUGAGGUAGCUCUUUAUAAUCUCAGUAGAGAGGUUAACAAACAGAAAGGACGCAAAGAGGCUCUCAUAGUCCUUGCUCGAGCUCUUGAGGAACAUCCUGCAUCUGUGCUUCUCUGGAAUGUGUAUCUGCACAUUUACUACAGCAAUCAGAAGUUAGUUGGAAAAGAUGACCUAUUCCGUUAUGCGGUUGAACACAAUGAAACAUCUUAUGAAUUAUGGCUGAUGUUCAUCAAUAGUCGGGAGAGACUUAAUGAUCGUUUGUCUGGGUAUGACGCGGCAAUCUCCGCACUAUGUCGGCAUGUAUCUGCUCCUGAAAGGAAUGCCAGGCUUGAUAGUGAAUGCAUUUUGGAUCUCUUUUUACAAAUGAUGAGCUGCUUAUGCUCUUCUGGGCAGGUUGACAAUGCAAUACAAAAGGCUUACACACUUUUGUCAUCUACAAAAAGAUCCUGCGAGCUGACCCCUCUGUUUCUUCCCGAUCUUUAUAAGUCCCUAACAGUAACUGCAAAAUGUGUUUUAUGGAUAUCUUGUAUCUACUUGAUCCUUUAUAAAAAGUUACCCGAUACCGUCGUGCGACAAUUCGAAUGUCCAAAAGAAUUAUCUGCAAUAGAAUGGCAUUUUGUUCAGUUAACACCUGAUGAAAAGCUGCAAGCAGUCACCUUGAUGGAACUUGCGAGUGAAUUUAUUGAUAGCAUACCAGAACAGAGCAAAAGGACUCUUAAAUCAGCAGAAAGGUUUGCUCUUAAUCACAUCAAAUGUGCUGCUGUUCUUGAAGGUUUUUAUUCUUCCAAAAUCCUGUUGAAAAAGUACAUCGAGUUGUACCCUUCAUGUAUGGAACUCGUACUUUUGUCAAUACGAGUCAAUGGAUUUGACUCAACUGAGUCAACAUAUGCAGCAUUUGAAGAGGUUAUAAGUAAUUGGAUUGCAGAAUCUGGUGUGCAGUGUAUCUGGAACCAGUAUGCGCAAUAUGCUCUUGAGACUGGAAAUGUGGAUCUUGCUAAAGAUACAAUGGAACGUUGGUUUAGCUCCAUUUCUGAAGAUCAUCAUCCAAAGACAAAUGUCAGUGCCUGGAUAUCAAUGUCGACCCAGACCGAUAUUGUGUUUGGAUUGCUUAAUCUCUCCUUGCAUAAUCUGUUGCAGAAUGAUCUUACGGAAGCCCGUAUUGCCAUUGAGCAGGUUUUUGAAGUGGCCUCUUCUGAUUACUAUAACCAUUGCGUGAGAGAACAUGCUACAUUUUUGCUUAGAAACAGUGUUGGUUUCGGGAAAGCCAGUUUCUAUAGUUUCUUAAACUCGAUUAACCGUUAUCUAAUGGAUCCACGUGUUUCCCCUCUUCCUGAUCCACUUUCCAGAAGCUUUAUCAAGAGCAUCAAGAAACCAAAAACUCAAAAAAUCGUUAACAAUCUACUGUGUCCUAUAUCAUCCGACUCCGCUUUGUUGAAUCUCGUUCUUGAAUCAUGUUAUGGCUCUCUUCUGCUUCCACUUCAAGCUUCUGAAAGACUAACAGAUGCUGUGGAUUUUGCUGAAGCUUUAAUGGAAAUAAGGCCUGCUAAUUAUCAGCUCGCGCUUUCCAUUUGUAAGAACCAGUUUGAUGUGAAACCUAGCAUAUCUUUCUGGGCGAGCGCACAGUUGAUAGAUUCUCUGUUUCAGGCAGUUCCAGUUGCACCGGAAUCUGUCUGGGUUGAGGCAGCAGGCUCGUUAAAAAUUGUACCAGGCUUAAAGUCUAUGCUGGAGAGUUUUCACAGAAGGGCAUUGUCGGUUUACCCGUUUUCGGUAAGACUAUGGAAGUCGUAUCUUGGCUUAUUCGCUAGUAAUACUGAGAAGGCCAAUGCAGUCGUUGAAAUGGCUAGAAAAAAUGGUAUAAAGCUAUAAUUCCGAGUAUGUUGUGGUUGUAGAUGUAUCGAGUUUUUGUUGCAGAUUUUAUGUAAGUAGAAGAAUAGUCAUUAACCUCUUGAGGCCAGUGGGUUGUUAAUCUUGUUUUUCUCUAUAUUUUGGUAAAGAAGUAGAGGGGUAGGUAUAAAUGAUCAUUGAUGGAAAUAGAAAAGUGUCUUCAGAUGGCUACAGCUGUAGAGAAUUAUCGAAAGAUUUUGUUCUGUUAACCAAUUUGCUGAAUUUUCAAUGGAUCUCGGUUCUGAUA